AGAGGGCUUUGGAAUGCCAGCUCCUCCCAGAAAAAAGACAGUAGUUUGCUACAUCUGUGGCAGGGAGUUUGGUUCACAGUCACUGUCUAUACAUGAGCCACAAUGUUUGAAAAAAUGGAGGAUUGAAAAUGAGAAAUUACCCAAAGCCCAGAGAAGAAAGACUCCAGUCAGACCUCAGAUUUUGCCAUCUAUUGAUGGAGGGGGUACAGACAAUGAGAGAUUCAAUGAAGCAGCUUGGCAGAGUGCCCAGUCUCACUUAGUUCCUUGUGAAAAUUGCGGACGGACUUUUGCACCUGACAGACUGCCAAUCCAUCAGAGAGGGUGCAAACCAGGUAAACCUAUGCAACCAUCAAAAGCUGGAGGCACCACAGAUAAAGGAGACCGACCUAAGACUACAACCAUUACAGAUCCUAAAAUUGUAAAGAAUGAAAAUAUUAUAGGAAAUAAAACUGUAAGGGUAGAAAAUCCACAAGUGGCUAAACCUGGUGUUGAGAGAGACGUGACAUUCACUGCACCUAAAAAAGACCCCUCUAUGGCAAAGGCACCACCCAACCCAGGUUUUGUGUUGUGCUAUAUCUGUGGGAGAAAGUAUGGAACUAAAUCCAUCAGUGUACAUGAACCACAGUGCUUAGAAAAAUGGAGAAAAGAAAAUGCUCAGUUGCCAAAAAGUCAACGACGGAAGACUCCAGUGAAGCCAGAGAUCAUUGGGAGUGGAUCCAACAAUAUUGAGGCCAUGAAUGAAGCUGCUUGGCAGAGUUCCCAGGCUCAGUUACUGCCAUGUGACAGAUGUGGGCGGACAUUUGCUCCAGAUAGAUUGGCUGUUCAUCAGAGAGCCUGUAAGGCUCCAGGGGGUGGCAAAGGAAAAACCCCUUCUGCCACUUCAACAAGUGGGAAUACCCCAUCUACUAACUCAGGGGGAUCUAGUCCUGUACCUAAGAAGACAAAUGCCCCAACCCAACCUCAGUUUGUCUUGUGCUACAUCUGUGGAAGAAAGUUUGGAUCUAAGUCAAUCUCCAUCCAUGAACCCCAAUGUCUUGAAAAAUGGAAAGUAGAAAACAGCAGACUCCCAAAGGAGCAAAGGCGCCCUGAACCAAAGAAACCAGAGGUUCUUCAGUCUGGGGGGAAGUAUGAUGUAGAAGCCAUGAAUGAGGCUGCUUGGCAGAGCUCCCAGGCACAACUAAUACCUUGUGAUGGAUGUGGUAGGACAUUUGCCCCCGACAGACUUUCUGUACACCAAAGAAGUUGUAAGGGAGCAGGGAAAGGUGCUGGAGCCACUGGUAAAGCUGGUGGCGAGAAACCAGGUUCUACAUCCUUUGGAUCACCAGGACCUGCUAGUCCAACAGGAAAGGGGGAACCUAAAGGGGGUCCUAGAACAGUGGUAUGUUACAUCUGUGGUAGGGAAUUUGGAACUAAGUCACUCCCCAUUCAUGAGCCACAGUGCUUAGAAAAAUGGAAGAAUGAGAAUAAUAAGUUACCAAAAGAGAGAAGACGACCUCUUCCCAAGAAGCCAGAAGCUGGACAGACACUCUCAAGAGAUCAGAUGAAUGAAUUGGCAUGGGAGAAUGCUAAGAGUCAAUUGAUUCCAUGUGAAAAUUGUGGGAGAACUUUUGCCCCAGACAGGCUAGAUGUCCACCAGAGGGCAUGUAAACCCAAGCCGGGUCAAGGUCCUUCUAAAUCUGCAGCUACGGAAGCAGCAAAGCCAGCACCAGUUAUACGAAGACCCCCAACUAUGGUGUGUUAUAUAUGUGGACGAGAGUUUGGUACAAAAUCUAUCUCAAUCCAUGAACCUCAAUGUUUGGAAAAGUGGAAAAUUGAAAACAAGAAACUCCCCAAAUCACAACAGAGACCUGAGCCAAUUAAACCUACUGUCCGAACAAUUGGAGCCAAGGGAACCUACGAUGUAGAUGCCCUGAAUGAUGCUGCCUAUGAGAGUGCUAAAGCCCAACUCCUGAAGUGUGAGAACUGUGGGCGAACGUUUGCACCAGACCGACUUCCUGUCCACCAGAGGAGCUGUAAACCCAAACCUCCAAAGGAGGGAUAAACAUGAUGGACAACUGCAACAAAGUUAUUAAUGGGGAAUUGUGAUAGCUAAUAGAAGUCUUGACUUUCCAGUUUAGUUACCUCUGUUAUAUGUAUGCCCAAUAGCUGUAAACUUUCCCUAAUUAUGAUAGAUUAAAUAUAUCAGUUACUGUAAUCUGAAUGCAGAUUAAUUAUUACAUUUUGAUGGACAAAAAACAAUUUUCAUACAAUGUAAAGAAUUUGUUUAUCAUAGAGUGUAUGUUUAAUGGUGAACAACUCUUAAUGAACUCCUGCAAACCCUGCUGUAGAUUGUUUUUGACUGAUCCCUUAAAUGAGGAUUUGGAUUCAGUUGGAAAAGUUGCCUAUCUUGCACAAUACAAUAUAUUUUUGUAAAUUCAAGACCACCACUAAUUGCUCAGUACAUUCCUUGAUCUUGUCAAUAUUUUGUUUUUACAUUAAUAAUGAUAUUGUAUUUGCAAUAUAUGUAUGAGGGUUGUCCCAGAAAAAAGGCAGUCUGUAUAAAUAGGCCUAUUUCAUAAUCUAACAGACUAAAAUCAUUCAUUUUAAGUUCAUCUGAAUCAAAGGUUCAAAGUGAGUUUUCUAAGAGAAAAUGUUAUUUGUUGACAUAUUUUGAUAUAUUUCUUUUUAGCAUUAAAAAAUUGUUCACUACGAUGUAUGCUAAAUUAACUUUAUUCUAUUAGGGAAAAAUAUUAAAAAUAUUUGGUUUUUCUGGGACAAUCAACCCUCAUAUGUUUAUAUUCAGAUGUCUGUGAUAGUAGAGCUAAGGUAAUUACAAGUAUUUCUACAAAUAAAUAUGUUUACCUUAAUUAUAUGUAGUGAUAAGAUGCGUUACCGAUACAUAUGCACUCAAUAUUGAGUUUAUGAAUGUCACUGUGAAGCAUUCCCUCUAAUUUGUUGUUUUUGCAUUUACAUGUAUUAUAUAAUAUAAUAACAGUUGCUCACAAUUGCGCGUGUUAUUACAGUUAAAAUGUAAUUGUAAUGUUUUAUGUUUAAUUUAUUAAGAAAAUGAUGUUUAACGUACAGGGUUCCUUUUUUAUGAAGAAGAAUAUAUAAUUUCAGACUUGAAAUAUUGUAAUGUUUUACGUGACAUAUUGAUAAAUUAGUAGCAUUGUUGAAUAAUUCCUUUCACUAAAGAAAUAGAAUAUGAAAAUUGUCUUCAUGAUUAACAGAUCAGCGCAUAAAUUUAGUCAAAUUAAUAUCAAUUGAAUGUUUUACAUAACUUACAUUUUGAAGAAUGUUCUAUCAUCAGUCUGUUUUGAAGUUAAUACUGGUAUUUUAUCUGCUUGCCCUGUAUUUUUAUGACAUACUUGUAUGCGUACAUGAGAAUUUUUUUUUUUAGAAUUCUAUUUUUGUCACCUACCGUCCACUUUUUACACAAGGAGCUUAGAUUUGCUCAAUACAGUGACCACUGAUAUAAGGUGUGAAGAUCCUGCCAUUUUGUUGCAGUGUUGACAAUGUUGUUUAUCUAGUCUAAAUAUAAAAGUGCUAAAAUACUUAAAGUAAACCUUUUAUGAUCUUUUGUUCUGAUGCAUAGUUCAAAUUUGUUCUAAAUCAAUUUAAAAUAUUUUUUAACAUGCCUUUAGUCAUGUAAGAAAAAAAAUGAUGCCUUCUUAUUUUUUCAUCUAUGUGGAUGUAUUAUUCCAAGUAUUUUCUUUUCGAGGUUCUUUUUGAAUUCUAAUGUUAGUUAUACAUAUAAUACCGUUUAAAUUAACUGUAAGA